UCACAUUGGAUGAAAAACGAGAGAAGAAAAAGAAAAAAAAAAAAAAGGAGUGAGAAAACGAAAUUAGCGAUGAAGAAAACUCUCGUUUGAGAGGCCAUUUCCAGAAUUGCUAAGAAAUCUACACUGAAAUUUGCGCCUGAUACCUGAGAACUGGUGCUUUUCUCCGUAAAUACCAUGGCGAUAAGAACAGUGAAAGUCUGCAAUCUCUCCUUAGGUGCAUCUGAGCAAGAUAUAAAGGAGUUCUUCUCCUUCUCUGGUGAAAUUGAAUAUGUAGAAAUACAUAGUGAGAAUGAACGGUCACAAAUUGCUUAUGUUACCUUCAAAGAACCACAAGGAGCUGAGACUGCUGUGCUACUUUCAGGAGCAACUAUAGUUGACCAGUCUGUUACUAUUGAGCUGGCGCAAGAUUACCUUCCGCCAGCUGGUGCUUCAGCAACACAUGUUGUGACACAGAACAGUAGUUCAGAUCGUGUUGAAACUGUUGUCCUGGGGGCAGAGGAGGUAGUAAGCAGCAUGCUUGCAAGAGGAUUUAUUCUUGGCAAAGAUGCACUCAACAAAGCAAAAGCCUUUGAUGAGAAACAUCAGUUUACUUCAACUGCUAGUGCUAAAGUCGCUUCUCUGGACCAGAGGAUAGGUUUAAGUGAGAAACUUAGUGCAGGUACAGUCCUGGUGAAUGACAAAAUGAAGGAAAUGGACCAAAAAUUCCAGGUAUCUGAGAAGACCAAGACUGCAUUUGCAGUUGCUGAGCAAACAGUCAGUAAUGCUGGCUCUGCAAUCAUGAAGAACCGUUACAUAUUGACAGGGGCAUCAUGGGUUACAGGUGCAUUCAAUAAGGUAGCCAAGGUAGCUGAGGAUGUAGGUCAGAAAACAAAAGAUAAAGUUUUGGCUGAGGAGAGUCAGACACACCAAGCCCAAGGUUAUACUCAGCUUGAUGAGUUUGAUUCCCCAAUAGCUCCCGGGAAUUCACAACCUUCCAGGUCCUCAUCUGCUCAAGGUUUUAUCCGCUAGCUUGUGAGAUUGUUUAACCUUUUGUAAGAUUUCAGGGUUAUACUUGUCCAUGUCGUUGUUCUCUUUUUGAGUUGGUAUUUAUUUCAAAUGAUGACCAUACAGGACUUCGUUUGUGAUAUUACAGCAUUGUAUCAUUUGAAAUGUUGAACUUACCGGACAUUAGUCGAUAGAUGCCAGUCGGACAUUACACCCUCUGUAUGAUAGUGUUGUUUCCUUCGUUCUUUUAAUAAUUUCAUUUUUUAUGGAAA